GAACAUGGUGCUUGGUCUUCCCAGGUUGACAGCACGCCAGAGAAGAGGAGGAUAACUAGGCAUUGAACUCGCUGCUCUGGGCUUGGUGAUACUGCUGUACUGCUUUCUUCUCCUAGGAGAACAAGUCGAGGGCAACCACCAAGAAGCAGGUUGCUGCGGAAGAAGAUUUGGGCGUUUCAGGGGCCCUUAUACCGUCCAGGGAUCAGGGGGUCUAAACACCAACACAACCAGCAAGAACCGUUUUGGGGGGCGAGAUAAUUCGUUGUGCGAGCGGCGCUCUGGUAAAGGACGGCUUUUCUGAUCAUGGCGCAGCCGUGUGCGGUGGCCACCACCGGCCCGCUUCAGGCGGCGAGAACUCAAGAAACAACGACGGCGACGUCGACAGCAGCCCUAGCCAGCAGCAGGCGACGGCCCCUCUCCCUUCCCCUGCUGCCAUUCGUCUUCGCCACCCUUGUUGUGUUCUUGGGCGGCGGGACUGUUCGGCCGGUGGCCUCAGAAAGCCUUCUCGUGCCCGCCAGCGGGAAGCUGACGGUGGGGGAGGGCGACANGGGGGGGGGGGGGGGGGGGGGGGGGGGGGGGGGGGGGGGGGGGGCUGGUAGCCGUGGGGCGGAGGACGAGGAGGAGGGGGAAGCGGAGCGACCUCCGGACGGGAUGUACUUUUUCGUCUUUCCGAACGGGCCAAGGAGAUGCUUCGUGGUGUCGGAGGCGCCUGGGACCUCGUUUCACGUCCACCAUUACUUCCCUCAAGCGGAAGACGGCCACAAGGUCACCCUGGAACUGCGGACUUUGUCGGAGGACAGCUCUCCGAAGGACCGGUUCUUGCAGGAGCCUCUGGUUACACGCGACAUUGAGGACAAAAGGGGUUCGCACCAGUUCAAGCUCAAGGUAGCGGAGGACCAUUUGCUGUGCGCGGUGACUUCCUCCGAGACCAAGAAGAAAGGCCGAGGCCUGAAACUGUACUUGGAUCUGGACACCGGCCUCGAGGACAAGCACUACAAAGACGUUCAGAGGAGGUUCAACCUGGGAGACGCGCAGAUAACCAUGAUCCAGCUGAAGAACGAAGCCCAACAGAUGCUCCGCGAGGCGGACCAGUCGAAGGAGUCGGAGACGGAGUACCACAAGCUUCUCCUGCAGCUCAACCACGAGGUCUUGUGGUGGCCUGUAUCGCAGGUGGUGAUCCUGAUGGCGAUGGGGUACUACCAAGUGCGACACCUCAAGAGUUUCUUCAAGUCCAAGCGGCUCGUCUAGCCCACUAAAAGUCGUUCUACACUGCUUUUAUACCCAAAUACUGUGCAUGCACGAAGUCAAGCAUUGCGCCGCCAUAAAAGCAGAAGGAAAGUCGCAGGGGUUAACGUGCAGCACGGGAGGCCCGCGAAAAGACAAGGCUUUUAAGUGAGAUCGACGAAAUCCGAUGGUAUUUCAACAUGUAACGUACAGCGGAGGGAGAGAGAGUAAGAUGGAUCAGCAUCACACGAGCUUGCAAAAAUGUUGCUGGUCUACAGAUAGGGCCGCACUUGAAGAACCUCUUGUUUUGGCCGAAGCCCGUUUCUUGAUUUUUCUAUGGGGUACCCAUCCCCCACGGCGACGAUUUGGUUUUGGUGUCGGCUUCUUGACUGAGGAGCGCCUCUUCUUAUGUUCUUACGUCAAGUUCUGAUUGGCACGUGUGAUAGAUGACGCCAUCAGGUUAUGGAUGACGAUGCACAACGACGAGGCUCAAGUCCUUAAUUUUCAAGUCUUCGAGCGCGGGCCGGUUCUUCUGCAUCAGCUGUUUUUUCGAUUGAGAUGUGACCGCUGGGUGCUGGGCGUGAAAUUCUUGAUCGCCAGAUACAUAGCAGUCGGUAAAGUCCCCGCACCAUCAGUGCCGCCCGCCGGGGGUUGGUAAUUGCACGGUAGUUAGUCGUAGCGUUGGUCGUGCAAGAGCGGGCCGGAUGAUUUCCUGGAAUUGGUGCCUGCUCAUGUGGGCUCGAACCGAACUGGAGAAGACAAGGGUUAGGAAAUAUAAAAAAAAAGCACAGAAAGACUACGCGUUCGAGAUAUAACCACAGUGGUCGAAGGGGAUGUGUUGAAGUAUUUGCAGUGAGUGGAGGGACGCGGAUCAAAAACGACGGAGGCACCAAAAGAAAUACUACAAAAGAUCGGAAAUAAUGGCAUCAUUUUUGGACACCGUCCCUCCUCUCAGUAUUCUGCCUUCCGUGGGCACGAUCUCGCUUCUCUUCAUGAUGUACCCAAGCUUUUGUCCCAACCCUUGCUCGGCGAUGCGGUACUGCACCAUAGGUGAUGUAAGAUACCACCUUCCCUCUGGGACCUUGUUUCAAAGUUGGGAUUUUUCUCCACAGCAUAAAGACUGGCAGAGUUGAAGCCGUCUUCAUCGAGAACUUUCCGAAAACGUAUCGUUUCAUGCAUGCAUCAUCUUCGUCG